AUCCUUGUUUGUUCCACCACUAAUCAGUGGCCGCUUGCUUUUUUCCGCGCGAAUUUUAGCCAAUUGGCAAAUUGCAAUUGUUUUGCAAUAAAUAGUGAUCUACCCAAAUGUAAGCAGGAUCUGAGUGUUUGUUCGAGUAGCCAACAUGCAGGACCGUACGCUUGAUUUGAAUCAAUAUGAUGAUAACCUCCUGGAAAGCUGCUGGAGAGCCUCCCGGUCACGGAGACCUGUUGCUUUUUCAUUCAGUAAUACAGAAGUCUCCGCUGUGGAUACAGUGGCCUGUUGCAAGCAAAUCACCUCCUUGGUGAAUAAAGAGAAAUUUCAUAUACAACGUUCCCUAUCGGAGGCCUCAAAAGACCAGCUGUACCACCAUUUCAAGGACUUUACGCAAUUGGCUUGCGGUGUCACAACUUUACAUUGUCGUCAGGUGGAUAUGCUCUUGGAGGACACCAAACAUUUGCUGGAUCAAAUAGAAGGCAACAGCGUUGACUUGGUUUUGACAACCGAGAAAUCAGUGAUACGAACCAAUCGUAAGCGAAAGGCUGUAAUUACCAAUGAGAGCACAGUGACGGUCUCCAAACGGCUCAGAUUGGAUGAAUUGGAUCUGCUCAGUGAAACUAGUCAGCAUUACUAUGCAAAUAUGCUAUCCGAGUGUCAGGCGUGGCAGUCGGAAUGCACUCAGCAGGUUGACCUAGAGAAGUCCAUUGAGCUACCUCAAAAUGGUACUCAAGCGAGUUCACAUCAUACAAUUACCAUAACCGAAGAAAUCCAAAUUCAAGAGGAGCCGUCGAACAUUUAUCCAACCGAUGGCUUUGGAAACAGUGAUGAACCGGAUUUAACAUAUUUCUAUGAACUGUAUCCACGAAAUUCCGAUGCCUAUCUGCUGAGCCAGACCCGAGUAAAUGUGCAGUGUGCAGAAUCCAAUUACGGCGGCUACCAGCGCUUUCACAGCCACCGUCAGCCAAGGUCCAAUGGCCAGGAUGUGGAGCAUGCCCUCUAA